GUUCAAAAUAUUAAACCGUUUAAGUCAACGGUUAAAAUGCAACAUGAUCAGUACCCUCCUUAUUUUGUUCAUUUUAUAAUAGCCAAGUGUCAGUUUCGUUAUUAUUAAAAGUGUCGGAAGUUAGUGUUUUGAAGUGUUGUUUGUGAUGUGGGAUUGUAUCUUUAUACGGUAAAGUGAUGUGAGCGUAGAACACAUAAAUGCCGCUUUAAAUGUAGUGUCGUGCGGGUCUAAAAUAUACCAAGAUACCAUUGGAACGUUGGGAACUGUCACCAGUUUGAUAUGACGAUUCACAAUUUGUACAUAUUUUCGAGGAAUGGCACGUUAUUAUACUAUUCGGAGUGGAAUAGACUCAACAAAUCAGGAAUCACGAUGGAAGAGGAGGCCAAGUUGAUGUAUGGAAUGCUGUUUUCAAUCAAAUCGUUUGUGAGCAAAAUUUCACCGUUGGAUCCAAAAGAGGGAUUUCUAUAUUAUAAAACAAGCAAGUAUACGCUACAUUACUUGGAAACACCAUCUGGAUUAAAGUUUGUCCUUAACACUGACAAUGGUGCCCAAAAUAUAAGAGGUCUACUUCAACAACUGUAUAGCCAGGUUUAUUUGGAGUAUGUGGUAAAAAACCCACUUUGCCAAUUAAAUGAACCAAUUCAAAGUGAACUGUUUAAACAAAAAGUAGACGCAUUGAUAAAACAUUCUCAAUAUUUUUAAGUAAAUCGUUGUUACUAAGAAAUUAAUAGAAAAAUACAGAUACAGUAUAUUGUAAUUGUAAUAUAAAUAAGACAUUUUGUAAAUAUCUAUUGUGAUUAUAAAAAAUAGUUUGCAAUGCUACUUUCAUAUAGUUCCAUUUUUUAUUAAAUUAGUUAAGUUUACGUUUACAUUGAAUUUAAAGCCCAAAAUAUUUUCCGUCCUCUUAGUAACUGUAUGCAUCUGCAAUUUGAUAAUAUGCAUUUACCCUCUCCAUUCUUGAGUUUCCGAAAAGC